UAUUUCCAUCAUAAUGUUAUACUCUUUCUCUUUCUCUUUUCUUUUUUUUUUUCUCUCUCUUUAUAAACCCUUCUUCUUUUUAAAUUCUCAUGUUAUCACAACUUACUCCACGUAGUUCUCUUCGAUUCUCUUUGACUUCUUGUCUUACAGAAGAUACAGCAGACUCAGCAAGUGUGGUAACUCCUUUAGAUCUUUCACCUUGUCUUCAACCAACAACUCAAUUUCCCAUUAUCACUUUGGCUGAACAAGAAACUCCAUAUUUGACUCAAUUCCAUAUACCUGAUGUUGCUGCUGUUGUUACUCGAACUCGUCAUCGUCAACAAGGUCCUUUUUCUCCUAUUCCGAGAUCAAUACAAAUUAUACAACCCCAAGAACGACCUUCUCCUCUAUUACCAACUACUCCAUUUUAUUCCUCUCUCAAUAAUAACUCACAACAACAAGGAGAACAACAAAUUAAACAAAAGGAAUCAUCAAGACUUAUAUGGCCUCGAAUCAAACGUAUCUUAUCAAGUUCAUCUUUAUCUUCAUCAAAUCAAUCAUUGGAUUCUCAUACAAGAAAAAAACCUUCCUCUUCUUCUCGUGGUAUGAUGACUCAUUUAUCUUCUUUGGUUCAUACAUCUAUGCGAUUAGCUAACUCAAUAUCUACGAAAGAUCAAGAUCGAACAACCAGUACUUCUAAUUCUCCUCCAAGAAAACAAAGAAAAGAUUUAUCAUCAUCAAGAAGGUGGUUUGGGAAAAAUAAAGCAAGAGUGGCUCCUCAUCAUCAUCCAGUAUCAUGAAAUUUAGUUUAGUAUUUCAUUAGCUUAGUAUUUUUGUGUCAACCAAAUAAAAAAAAAAAACCUUUUUUUUUUU